GUCUUGCUGGAUACUUUGUAACACGGAAUAACCGGCUGAUACAUUGUGACAGCUCAGCGCGAAUCGGAGAUUUGCCUGCAGGGGGGGCAAUAACACGCAGGCUGUGAGUGGCCGGUCAUUAAGGAAUGGGAGAAGCCGGGUCCCUGCAGUGACCCCCCCGCCCCCCAGUGGAUACACUAUGGAUCAGGCUCUGAGUGAGUCCCACAGGGCCCCCCACGCUGCGAAUGACUGGGAUUUCCUGGAUAUAGACAUGGAGCAGGUCGACCUGCGAGCCCUGCCCACCGCCCUGAUCGGCUGUAACCUGGAGGCCAGCGUGUUCCAUGAUAGCCUGAGCCGGAGCAAAUUUGAAUCUCUGUUUAGAACAUUCGACAAAGAUGUCACCUUUCAGUAUUUUAAGAGCUUCAAGAGGGUUCGGAUCAACUUCACCAACCCACUAUCAGCUGCCCAGGCCCGGAUCCAGCUGCAUAAAACUGAAUUCCUUGGGAAGGAACUCAAGCUAUAUUUUGCUCAGACUCUGCACAUAGGAAACCCACAUCUGGCCCCACCUAAACCAGAGAAACAAUUUUUAAUAUCUCCUCCUUCCUCUCCACCAGUUGGUUGGAAACAGGCAGAAGAUGCAACCCCAGUUAUUAACUACGACCUUCUUUAUGCCAUCUCCAAACUUGGUCCAGGAGAGCAGUAUGAAUUGCAUGCUGCCACGGACACCACGCCAAGCGUCGUAGUCCACGUCUGCGAGAGUGAUCCUGAAAAUGAGCUGGAAGUAGUGGAAGAUGAAGACGGCACAUGUAAACCAAAAAUCAUCCAGACCAGAAGACCCGAGUACAUGCCUAUCCAUCUGAGCUGAAGCAGAGUCCGAGAUGCAUGUUGUGGUUAGACGUACCAUAUUUCAUGAAAUCUUUUACUGCCCAAGAGGCAGUCACCGUUUAGACCGGCAGUGGCUGAAUUGAAACGUGAGUCGGCAGAACCAAAUCAGGACGUUUCCUGUUAACUUUUUUAUGCCGAUCGCUGUUCUACUGGCCUUUGUUCAAAACUCCCAUUGAGAUGAUGUUGAUGACAACCAAGAUGGGAAGUUGGAUCGAGAAUACUUGGAAAGCCUUUGUUAUUUCUCAUUGACUUUUUAUGAAACAACCGUUUUGAUACAGUGGAAUGUAGAGGGCUCUUUGUUUGUUAUUCAUUGUGUGAAGACAUGCGUGUCUAUGUUAUAUAAACACACCUUUGUACAUAGUUGCAGAUAUAUGUCUAACAUGGGACAGGCAUCUCAACACCUUAGCAGUUGGAGUCUUUCGGAGUCUUUUUAUUGUAUAAUCCAACUAAAUGCUGGGGAAAACAUUACAUUUGUUUUUGCUAUUUGUAUGUGAAGUAAGUUAGUAACUUUUCCCUGUUUUUUUUUUUUUUUUGGUUAUUUCUUUUUCUAGUUAUGCUACAAAUGUUUAAAAAAGCAUAAAUAAUACUACAAGUGUUUGUUUAGCUUCUGCAAAUCAUCAAUCUGGACAAAAUGAUACAUGGAUUGAAAAUGUCCAUCUGUCACAGGCAAAAUCAUUGAUUGUUGUAACGACAUUUUGGUAUUUAGCCUGCGUAAGUUUAAAUUAUAUUUUUUUGUGCACCCUUUACUGCAGCCGACAAGUAUUUGCCAAGUGCUUCUUCUUGUUAAAGGCCAAGGGUUGUUUAAAACCUAUUAUCUUUAAAUGCAUACAUUAAUAUGCCUCCAUAUUUGGUAAGUGGACCUAUAUUACUUUAGGCUAGCUUCUAUGCAUACCAUGUCGCUGUGAUUUUUCUAAAACGUUCCUUUAUGGAGUAUAACUGUAACGGCCACUUCCAUUCUGUAAUUUUAGCUGUGAUUAGUGAUAAGUAACCUCUGGCACUCGUCAAGCUGUGGAUGGUCAAAACCUUGGGUGGGUCCUCAACAAACAUACACUGUAGUGUUGUAUUACUUUAUAUUGCGAUUUUUAUUUCGAAAUGUUAAUGUGCAGUUUGGUCACAAUAUGUUUGUACAUUAUAUUUUACACUGCUCACCUCUCUGAACACGUAGCCAUAAGAAACCGUAGCUAAUGUGGAUUAGAUACAAAGCUGUUAUAGUGGAGUGAAGAAUAGAUUAGGAAGAGAUGUACAUUUGGGAAUAGGUGAACAUUCUUCUGCAUUCAAAUAAAUGUCCAGCCAUUUACGUGAAUGGAUAAGACCAACA